ACCAGUAUGGAAGAAGACUCAAAGCCUGCUAAGAAACAUUGUGAAGAGACCUUGGGCCUGGCUACGCUAGCCAUUCGCAGCGGUCAAGACGCGGACAAUUGGAAGUCCAGAGCGUUAGUGACCCCUAUCGUGACCUCCAAUAGCUACAAGCACGACGUCUACGCCGAAGGAGAGGAAUUCCACUACAGUCGAUCGUCCAACCCCACUAGGAAAGCAUUAGAACAGAACUUAGCUUCGCUGGAAGACGGGAAAUUUG